UUCUUACUGAGCUUUUAAUUGCUAUACCCAUGUUGGAAAAUCUUGUCUAUCAUUGUGUAGAGGAUUGGAAGCUUGUGGAAGAAGCGUUCAGUUUGAUAUACGAGCACGCGUAUCAUCUCGGCGUCUUACUAACUUGUUUGGAUGAAUGUAUCUUUGAUUAUCCUCAUUCACAAACCGUGGAACUUGGUCAAGUUUGGUGGAGAGAUACGGACGGAGAUUGGACAGAAACAAGGGUGAAGGAUUCCUUGGAACAGGUAUCGUAUAAUAUCGCUAGUGAUAGGAAGAUGGGAGAAUGGGUUCAUCUGAGUGAGGAAGUCAUUAAGACUUCAAUCUGUGAGAUCAUGGGAUUGAAGGAGUCUGAGGUAGACCAGUGUAAAAAGUGGUGUGCGGCUCUUUAAUCAAAAGCGCCUUUUCUAUCUUUGUGUAUAAAAAAUUUGCCUUACUUUCUUAUCUUAGAUCAUCUUUUUCUUUGAUUUGUUUCGUUAUAUAUUUAUCUCCUCGUCUUUUUGGAUUGUUUGUGUACAAACAAAGAUGAUAAUGGUGCGACAGCUUCAGUUUUUAUGGUUGCCAAUGAAAAUGACCAUUGUCAAGUUUAUUGACGGUUUGUAUUUUUUUGAGUACUGAAACAUUGUCCUUGGGUGAUCAAAAUGUGUUCAGUUUAUAUCCUACGCAAAAUUGAACUCCAUGCAAGUGUUUUACACCGUGGG